UCAGGGCCCAGUUCCCCCUCUAGCGCCCUAUAACUGGGAAGGCCCGGGCAGCCUAGGGCGCUGGGCUUGUCGUCAUCCCACUCGAGGGGGCGUGAGCGGGGCGGGGUCGGAACGUCUUUCUCGCCCGCCGCGCCCGGGCCGGGCACAGAUCCCCGCCGCUCGGACCAUGGCUGCAGCCGCCUUGAGGCAGAUUUGGGCCCGAAAAUUUCUCCCUGUUCCUUGGCUUCUGUGUGGUCCCCGAAGAUAUGCCUCAUCCAGCUUCAAGGCUGCCGACCUGCAGCUGGAAAUGACACAGGAGCCUCAUAAGAAGCCUGACCCCAGCGAGUGCCUCCUGUUUGGGAAGACAUUCACAGACCACAUGCUGAUGGUGGAAUGGAACAUGGAGCAGGGCUGGGGCCGGCCCCGAAUCCAGCCCUUCCAGAACCUCACGCUGCACCCAGCCUGCUCGGCUCUCCACUACUCCCUACAGCUCUUUGAGGGCCUGAAGGCGUACAAAGGCGGGGACCAGCGCGUGCGCCUCUUCCGACCUUGGCUCAACAUGGACCGCAUGCUGCGCUCGGCCCUGCGCCUCUGCCUGCCGAGUUUCGACAAGGUCGAGUUGCUGGAGUGCAUCCGCCGGCUGGUGGAGGUGGACCGGGACUGGGUUCCUGCCAGCGCCGGCACCAGCCUCUACGUGCGGCCGGUGCUCAUCGGGAACGAGCCCUCCCUUGGAGUGGGCAGCCCCACGCACGCCCUCCUGUACGUCAUCCUCUGCCCGGUGGGCGCCUACUUCCCUGGAGAGGCCUUGAGCCCUGUCUCCCUCCUGGCUGACCCAUCAUUCAUCCGGGCCUGGGUGGGCGGGGUCGGCGACUGCAAAAUCGGGGGGAAUUACGGGCCCACUGUGUUUGUGCAGAAGGAGGCACAAAAAAAGGGCUGUGAGCAGGUGCUCUGGCUGUACGGGCCUGACCACGAGCUCACCGAGGCGGGUACCAUGAACAUCUUUGUCUUCUGGACCCACGAGGAUGGGGCGCUGGAGCUGGUGACCCCCCCGCUGGACGGCAUCAUACUGCCAGGAGUCGUCAGACAGAGUCUGCUGGACCUGGCGCGGACCUGGGGUGAGUUCCGGGUGACUGAGCGUAAGAUGACCAUGAACGAGUUCCUGCGGGCCCUGGAGCACGGCCGGGUUCGAGAAGUCUUUGGCUCAGGCACUGCUUGCCAGGUCUGCCCCGUGCACCGAAUCCUGUACCAAGGCAAGUUCCUCCACAUUCCCACCAUGGAAAAUGGGCCUGAGCUGAUCCUCCGCUUCUAUAACGAGCUGAAGAUGAUCCAGUACGGAACAAAAGCCCACGAGUGGAUGCUCCAGGUGUGACGCUAUGGACUGUGCGCGAUCACUCCACGGAUCCAAUGACCUGUAGCAUCCAGUCCCUGUCGAACCUUCGCCUCCAUACCAAUGACUCACCUGAAGUGCAAUAUGAAAUAGAAAGAGGGAUGGGGCGCGGGGACGUGGUGCCUGGGGCUCCAGCAUCCCCACAUUUCACUCCCAAAGCCAUAAGGGCCCGACCCAGGCGUCUUGGCCCCUAGCCCCACCUCUCAGGCCUUGGGGACCCGGACUCCCCGCUGCUCCAUGCUGUGGGGUCAAGGAUACACCUUGACCCCAACUCUGCAUCUCCGUUCUCAAGCCGAAUCUCCUGGUGCUGCUGUUGACCUUUUUUUUCUUGCUGCAAUUUUGAAAUAAAAUGCCAAAGAACAAGACAUUAACUGCCAUCUCCAAUAGUGCAACUCAGGGACUCAAGGGUCUCAAACAGAAAUCCUGGUCUUCAGCCCAUUUCAUUUUCAAGGGCCCAGCAAUCCAAGCUCCCGAUGUCCUGGCUGUUCCCUUGGGAGGAGGGGGGGACUAGUCCACUUCGUCACAAAAUGAGCUUUGUAUUGUCCCCCACUAACCGGUGCCUCCUCCACUCCCCAUCUGGGGGACAGCAGCCCCAUUGUACAUUCCGGUCAAUAGGCCAAACCUCUUGGCACUAUACCCCUUCCCCAAAGCCCAUCAGCCCCCACGCCCUGUCCUUUUCCCGGAUCUGCCCUGUCUGUUUUCUUGGCUUUAGCCCAGAUCUUGUCUUCUCCUGCCUGGUUCCUUAUCCAGGCCUCCAAUUUGGCCCCAAAGGGGUCUUUCUACACCCAGAAAGACUAGGACCCUGCAGGACCAGGCAUAACUGGUUGUAGGUCUAGAUUCAAACCUGCCUCUGUUAACCCGGGUACUUGGUGUGUAACCCGGGCUGUGCCAUCUGAGCUCUGAUCCAGCUUAUUGGAGGGAGACCCUGAGAGACUCUUGGGUCAAUUCCAUCGUGGCCUGUCCAGCAGCCAGCAGCUUGGAGAUUAGAAUUUUGAUUUGCUGGGGCAGGAGUCACCCCUCCCUGCACCCCCUGGUUCUCUUUUGUCAGUGGUUGCUUCAGGGGCUCCCACAGGCCAAGGGGACACAAGGGGAAAUGUGCCUGGAGGCCUCAGGGGACACUCCAGAGGGGCCACCUCUUCUUUUCCUCUUUCCCUGCCUUGCAUGGAAUCACCUGCAAGUGAUACCUGGAGCUGCUGCAGCCAUUUCAUGGCCAAGAGGUCCAAUGCCCACUCACUGAGGGUGGCAGAGCACAAACACCCCAGGCUCCUCCAACCAUGAAACCUCUGAUUUCUGGAUUGUUUUGUUACGAAAAAUUUCAAAACAAAACCCCAUUUAGGCCA